AUGAAAAUUAAAAUAACAAGACAAAUUAUGAAGGAGCCCCCAAAAUUAUAGAUAAUGUUUAAAUAUGAAAAAUUAAAUUCUAAGAACUCAAGAAAGAACAUCGUCAAGUUGAAAAAAAUAGGUUUUUACAUCUACAGAAUUGGAUUCAUUACAGAAAAGGCCAAAGGAACUGUCUAAUUCUGGAGUUUGAUCUAAUGUAGCAUCUUAUAGGUCAGGAUAAGUACCUAUUAAUAAUGUAUGCUUGUAUAGUAUCCAAAUAUAUUUCCAUAUCCAUAGUUAUCCAUCUUAAAAUGA